AUGGUACAACAAAUCGUCUGGGAUCCCUUUUCAGGGGAAGGUCCACCACUGUUCAAAGCCGUUAGUCACGAUGAAGAGUUUGAGGAGAAGACAAAUGGCGUGCCAGACAAGUCGGAAACAAGUUCGACGCCGGUGGUCACCAGUCAUAGCAAGAAACCGCACGCAAACCCCUGGUACAGGCAGAACUUUGGGGAUUUCCAGAUCACGGAGGAGCCCAUGUAUCAAUGUGACCGAAAACUGCGAGUUAUUUGCACGGGAGCCGGCGCCACGGCUCUCCAGGUGGCGUACAAAUUUGGCAAGCUCAUGGAAGAUGUCGACGUAGUCUUGUACGAGAAGAAUGAUGCGGUUGGGGGCACUUGGCUGGAGAACAGAUACCCUGGGUGUGCCUGCGACAUUCCUUCCCACGCCUAUCAAUUCAGUUGGAACCGCAAUCCCAACUGGAGUUCCUUCUACUCUCCUGCUGCUGAGAUCCUGAAAUACUUGCAGGAUACUGCAGACAAGUUUGAUCUCCACCGAUUUGUGAGACUGAGGCACAGAGUUUGUCAGGCCAACUGGAACGACGACUCAGGGAAGUGGGUUUUCAAGGUGGAGCGACCUGAUGGGAGCACCUUCACGGACGAAGCCGAUAUCUUUCUCAAUACGAGCGGUGCUUUGAAUGUAUGGAAGUACCCCAAUAUUCCCGGUCUACAAUCUUUCAAGGGCAACUUAAUGCACACGGCUUCGUGGGACACCACUGUGGACUUACGAGACAAAGUGGUGGCUGUUAUCGGUUCCGGUUCUUCUGCAAUCCAAGUUGUGCCAGGUGUAGCACCACAUGUGAAACAGUUGCUGAACUUUGUGCGGUCGCCAGUGUGGCUCAGCCCCGGCUUCGCGGCCAAGUACGCCGGGCCGGAAGGGUCGAAUUUCAAGUACAGCGAAGAGCAGAAGGAAUUGUUUCGAAAAGACCAGGCGGCAUAUGUUGAUUAUAUUCGAAAUAUUGAGGAAGACCUCGGAAACAGAUUUCGCCAGCAACACGAAGACAGUGAAAUUCAGCUUGCCGUUCGCGAAGCCAUGGCAGCUCGCAUGAGAGCAAAGCUCGGAAAGGACGAGAUCGCCGACUAUCUGAUCCCCAACUUCGGCCUGGGAUGUCGGCGGCUCUCUCCUGGUGACGAGUAUAUGGCCUGUUUUACCAGGGAUAAUGUCGAGAUGAUUCGAUCGGGGGUCGCCCGUGUCACCGAGGACGGCGUCGUUGACGAUAAAGGCAAGGACUAUGCUGUGGACAUCAUCGUCUGCGCCACCGGCUUCGACACCUCCUUCACCCCAUCUUUUCCCAUCAUUGGACGGAACGGAGUUGAUUUGAAAAGCUUUUAUGGGCAUUUCCCACGAGGCUACCUGUCCAUCAUGACUCCUCAUUUCCCCAACUUCUACCAGUUUACUGGCCCCGGUGCCCCUGGCAGUCACGGUCCUUUUUUUGCAAUCAUCGAGUGGAUGACACGCUACAUGAUGAAAACUCUCCAGAAAAUGCAGAGAGAGAACAUCAAGGCACUGGAGCCCACCGCCGCGGCGUCGCGUGAUUACUACAACUGGUGCCAUACCAUGUUCAAACGGCUCGUUUACAGUCAGCCGUGCGCUUCGUGGUAUAAGAAUGGGAACCACAACGGCCCAGUGACGGCGCAGUACCCUGGCUCACGACUUCACUGGUACGAACUUCUCGGGGAACCUCGAUACGAGGAUUUCCGAAUCACUUACAUAACCAACAACAAAUUCCAAUUUCUUGGAAACGGGUUCACCCGGAAUGACGUGGAUCAGACGAACCUGACUUGGUUCAUGGAUGCACCUGAAAUAUAA